GUCGCCUCGCCUCAUCCAACCACAUUGAUAAUUCGUGGUGAAGCCGCGACACGUUUAUAAAAGUCUUGAGCAUCAAACUGUUAUUCGAGCCUAAUAACAAAACUUCCUUCGCCAUGGCCGAUCAUCAAGUUAUCGUCGUUGUAGGCAGCAACCGUGGUGUAGGAAGAGGCAUCGUGCAGCUACUCGCCAACCAGCAGCUUCAUAGGCCAUUGACAAUUUACGCAACAUCAAGGUCCGGCAUUGAUAGCAGCAUCAACAUCCUCUCUCCCAGCAGAGUCUUGUAUCGCGAGCUGGACAUCGCCAAUCCGUCCUCAAUUCACCUCUUUUUCGAAUCGGCGCUGGAGGAACAUGGCGCAAUCGAUGUCCUCAUCAACAACGCAGCAGUCUCUAACGAUCACCAAAAGACGCCAGACCUUGCCGCCGAAAUGGUAUGGACCAACUAUGGAGGCACGAGGGAUAUGUGCAAAGCAUUUCUAGCGCAGCCUACAAUCCGACCAGGAGCGCGCAUCAUCAACAUGACUAGCGGCUACAAUCGCUUGCAGGAUUAUAGUCCAGAGCUGCAGGAAUUGUUUCGCGAUGCAGAUGAUAGCAAUGCUCUAGAUGAGCUUGCAGCUGCAUACUAGGACAGCGUUCACCAUGGCCAAGACGUGCAGGAGCAAACUGGACGGGGAUCUGGAACACGGAGCUACAAAGUCAGCAAAGCACUCAUCAAUGCUCUGACUAUUGCACUUGGGCGGAAACACCCAGAUGUGCUUGUGAACAGCUGUUGCCCCGGGUAGUGCGACACAGCAAUGGGUAAUACGGCAAGAGGGAAGCCGCCGAAGACACAAGAAGAGGGUGCGCGUGUGCCAACUCGACUUGCCAUUGGCAAUUUGGGAUCGAGAGGCGACGAGGAUGGGGGUUUGGGAGAGGGGUCUGAAGAGAUAACUGGCCAUUUUUUUUGAUAAUGCCGACAUUAUGGUACCCGGGUGGGGAACGGCAAAGCUGUGGUUAGAGUCUUGAGAUGCGACAAGUAGCCGUAGAUGCACCAGGCAACUCUU